AUGAACCCUCCCCAAGGCGUAACAAAAACCAUUCUGCGCCCUGGAAACGGCCGCGAUAGCCCCCACACCGGUGACACCGUGAUCAUUGACUACACAGGAUAUCUUUAUGAUGAUACACGUGGGGAGAACGAGUACUUUAUGGGGACACAAUUCGAUACCUCGCAAGGUCGGGGCCCACUGAAAACGGAGAUUGGAGUUGGGAAGGUUAUACUCGGCUGGGACAAAGGCGUGCAGCAGAUGACCCUUGGUGAGAAGGCUAUCCUCACAAUAUCGAGCGAUAACGGUUAUGGCAAGAGAGGGUUUCCUGGGUUGAUUCCCCCGGAUUCUGGACUUGUCUUGAAUAUACCCUGUAUUGGAGAACAUUUUCAGAAUAAAUCAUCUGGGGAAAUCCUUAUAGCGCAGGCAAUUCAGAGAAUUUCGACGCUAAAAGGAAUGAGUUCCCGAAGCGGCUCCGCCGAUACCUUCACUCAACGAUCCGAUUCCAACCUUCGACCCCGCCGUCUGAUCUCGUUAGAUGAUGUCAGAGAUAACAAUGGACGACAGCCUUCGUCCUCCGGGAUCUCUACAACGGGCUCUUCGGAGCUGCCGACCCUUCGCUCGCGUGGCGCGACACCCUCGCCUCGACCGUCUCGGAACGUUUCGCCCAUCCCCAUGGGCCAUCCUUCACGAGCUACGCAACCUCGCAGCGACGCCCGGCCCGGGAAUUCAUUAGGUGGGUUUACGCCUAAUGGAAAAUACCAGGAUCCGUUCACUGAGUCGUCGCGGGCUGCCGUAGACUUUUUAGAUGCAUCUUGGUCAUCGCUGCAAGGUAUAGCGUCAUCGCUCUUGGGCAGUGAUACUGCACGGCCGACUUCGAACGGAGGCCCGCGAUCCCAUGCCCGAAAGCCAUCACGGCCUGAUUAUCUCGCCAAACACCGAGCAGUGUCAACAUCCACUUGGGGCCCUUCGGGGCCGACCACACCGGAGAUCGGCGCCGGCACUCAAGAUGAAAGACAAGCCAUGGUACAUGCGAAAAAGAUGGAGGCAUUGCUACUAGCGGAUACUGACCCGAGCUGGAAUCUUAAUUCUCGACACAAGCGGCGAGAUUCUAAUGACCGGACAGUUCAGUCCAGAGCGGAUACGGAUCAAGAUGAAGAGGCGCUGGUCUACGUACAUCAAGUUCAACCCACGGACACUAUCACCGGAGUCACUAUUAGAUAUGGAUGUCAAGCAGCAAUUUUUAGAAAGGUGAAUGGAUUUUGGCCUAGUGAUAGCAUCCAAGCUCGGAAAACCGUUCUUCUGCCGGUCGACUGCUGUUCGAUCAAAGGGCGACCUGUCAAAGCCAGGGAGGAGACCGAUCUCCUGCAGGACGUUCCCAGUCGCCCAUCUAUAGAGGACCCAAGUGGGAGUUCAAUUGUGCCGGCACCAUCGCCGGAAAAAUCAACGUUUUCGAGGAUCUCCGAACAGCCUGGUACGGAGCCCGAAGCUGAGAGUGACCAGAUAUGGAAACACGAGUCAUGGGUGCAAAUUGAUGGGUUUGCGGAGCCAGUGGAAAUAGGUCGUGUACCCCGACGUGCGCUGGGGUUCUUCCCUCGCACCAGGCGGAAAUCAGUCAGUUAUAGCGACUCCGAGCCUGUACGAGGCAGGCUGCAGACACCGACUAUCUCGACGGCUUCUUCUCCCAUCCAGCCAAGUUCUUCGCCUAAUGCUGAUCAACAUGAUUCAUAUCAUGCGGGCUCGCCAGCUUCACGGGGUCCAGGCAGCAAGCCGAAAGGUCGCCAUAGACGUCGGCCUAGUGGCCUUGAGCUUUCGGGAACCGGUGUUGGCACUCUUGACCGCAAUGUCAAUCUACCCGGGCCAGCCAUGGAUGGUCUCAGCAAGUUCUUUGCCCAACACCUGCCGACGUUAGCACCAAAACAAGCUCCACCGAACUUUGACAGUCUCAGCGGGAAUUCAUCAACUGUUGCCUCGAUCAAUUCCACCAGUCUUGAUAGCAUAGGUGGUGCCGUUGAAGGUUGGGUUCGAAAAAUCACUGCACGAGCGAAGUCUAGCAUCAACGACCUGCAACAGGGGACUUCAAGCUCUCAGAAUCAGGCAAUGCCGCCGGAGACCAGACGCAGGGGUUUUAGUGACUUAAUAGAGCUUGAAGACGGAGUGGAGUCGCGGAAUUCAUCCGGUCUCCUUGCCGGAACAGGUUGGAAGCCAGACUUGACAAGAUCGGGCUCCGGCUAUGUCAACGGAGCAAAUCUGAGGGAACGAUUCCCAAGCGCCUCACCUAGCACGAGCAGGACUCGUACUGGACUGGACAGAACUAAGGGCGAUUAA